AUGGCGUCUUUGAAGGGUGACCGUGCACCAGCAUGUACUAUUUCAGUGCAAGACUUUUAUGGACAUUCAAGAUGCAGGGAAGUAAUCAAAGAGUUGCCAUCUGAUUCAGAAUGCACACUGGCAGACGAAACUGACGAUGAAGUCGGGGAACCACAGUCAUUGAGAAACGUAUUUGUGGAACCAAGUUACAGCUCUGAUGACAAUGGUUCUGAUUCUGAGGAUAGUGAGAGUGAAAUUCCGUGUGAUGCUACAAGUUCCCGACCAGUGAAAAGAACACGGCUGUCAAACUCCGAGUGGCAACAGAUCAACAAUAAUUCUGUACCACUACCGAAAUUUACAAGGGUGGAAAAAAUAAAUAUAACUGGAGAGAGCCCUAUUGUUUUCUUCACAGAAAUAAUUUCUGCCAAAAUGUUGGAACAAAUUGUGUUUCAAACUAAUCUGUAUGCUCUUCUGAAUGAAAAAUUAAAUCUUGGACUGACAGUUCCUGAAAUGAAAACAUUUCUAGGAGUGAACAUAGUGAUGACAUACAUCAAGUCCCCUCGUACCCGAUCAUACUGGUCAUCAGAUAAAGGACUAAGGAUGGGUUUAGUAGCCAACUCUUUACCGGUCAAUCGGUAUGAUAACAUACUGCGUUUUCUUCAUUUUGUGCAUAAUAGUGCAGUGGAUCAAAGCAACACAGAUCGUCUGUACAAAAUCCAUCCAUUUCUCGAGUGUCUGCAAAGACGCUUUCUUUAUGCUGCAAAAGCUGAGAAGCAUCAGUGUAUUGAUGAGCAGAUCAUACCUUUCAAGGGUCGUAGCAAUAUCAAACACUAUGUUGCUAACAAAUCAAAGAAAUGGGGACUGGAAGGCUGGUUGAGAGCUGGUUCUUCUGGUUAUGUCAACCGUUUAGAAGUAUAUCGAGGUGGAUCUGAUGGGAUGUGCCAGUUAGUGAGUUUGGAACUUGUGCUUAUGUGGUUCUACGAGUUUGUGAUGAUAUCAAGCACAAGAACCACAAAGCAUUUUUCAACACCAUAUUUACAAGUGUCCCACUACUCCAGGAGCGCUUAA